UGCUCUGUUUGCUGUUUCCUUUUUAUGUUUUUUGUGAAUUAGCGCUGAUGUGCAGUUUUGGACGUAGUUUUGUUUGACAUAGAAAUGCCUUUGUUAUGCGGAGGGACCACUGAGGAGAAAGACGCCAAUGAAGAAGUGCAGAAAAUCUGUGAUGAGAUGAAGUCACAUGCAGAGGAAAAAGCUGGAAGGACAUUUGAUGUCUUCUCUGCUAAAUCUUACAAGACACAGGUGGUAGCUGGGACGAAUUUCUUCAUCAAGGUCCAUGUAGGUGGUGAGGAGUUUGCUCACGUUCGUGUCUAUAAGACGUUGCCACAUGCUGGAGGAAAACUGGAACUUCAUGGAAUACAGACCCCCAAAGCCCAUCAUGACCCCAUUGAAUACUUCUAAGACAGAAAUAUUUACUGUACUGCAAUGAUACAGUAAUAACGCUUACAAACAGGGCGGUUAUUGAAAUUGUGUUACAUAUGGAAUAUCACCUGCUUAAAGCUGACAAAGUUGUAUUUUCUAAACUGACAAGAAAUUAGAAGCUUCUUCAAUUGAAUAAAAAUGCCAAUAUUAAAUAUUUA